AUAUAUAGAGAGAGAAGAAAAGAAAGCAAGCAUCACCUCUGUCCCGGUCCCUCUGUUGCUUUUUUUUUUCUCUAUCUUCAUCACACUUCAAUCCUUUUCGCUUUUGUCUUUCUUUGUCCUUUGAUUGUUAGCAUAAAUUAAUUAAUAUUCUCCCUCUCUUGGCAUCGAAAGUGUAUUUGGUGUCAGCUAGUGUAGAAGAAAUGUGAGAAUGAUCUUGUUUUAAGCCAGAGCCACCAGUGCCCCCAACUCAACAACUGACCUGACAGCCCUAGUGGAGUGCCACACAUUCCAGCUACUUCUAUCUAAUGGGGUCCGAGCAAAAUCGAUUUCCUCAGCAUGAAAGGCGAAAGAGAUGGGGUGGAUGUUGGGGUGCAUUUUCAUGUUUUGGUUCACAGAAAGGCGGCAAGCGCAUUGUACCUGCAUCUCGCAUUCCAGAGAGUAAUGUAUCAGCCACUCAACCCAAUGGCCCUCAAGUUGUGGGGUUGCCCAAUCAAGCCACGGGACUCGCUCCUUCUCUUUUAGCUCCGCCUUCAUCACCAGCAUCGUUCACACAUUCUGCCCUUCCUUCAACUGCACAGUCACCUAGUUGUUUCUUGUCAUUAUCUGCUAAUUCACCUGGUGGUCCCUCAUCCACAAUGUUUGCUACUGGACCAUAUGCUCAUGAAACACAACUGGUUUCUCCUCCAGUCUUCUCUAAUUUCACUACUGAGCCAUCUACUGCUCCUCUGACUCCGCCACCGGAGUUGGCUCACUUGACAACUCCCUCUUCCCCAGAUGUUCCUUUUGCUCAUUUUCUAUCGUCUGCAGUGGAUCUAAAAAAUGGUGCUAAAAGUAACUAUGUCACAGCAAAUGAUCUUCAAGCUACUUAUUCAUUCUACCCUGGAAGUCCUGCCAGUAGCCUUAAAUCUCCAAUCUCAAGGAACUCUGGUGAGUGUUUAUCAUCAUCUUUUCCUGAACGUGAGUUCCGCCCGCAGUGGGAUCCAUCACUAUCUCCUGAGAAUGGAAAAUAUCAAAGGACUGCAUCUGGGAGGUUGUCUGGUCAUGACACUAAUGCUGUCACAAUGGCAUCCCAAGAUACAAAUUUCUUUUGCCCUGCUACCUAUGCACAAUUCUAUUUAGACCAAAAUCCUCCAUUUCCUCAUACUGGUGGGAGGUUAAGUGUUUCCAAAGAUUCAGAUGUUCAAUCUACUGGUGGGAAUGGACAUCAAAGUAGGCAUGCUAGAAGUCCUAAGCAAGAUGUGGAAGAAAUAGAAGCUUACAGAGCAUCCUUUGGUUUCAGUGCAGAUGAGAUCAUUACUACCACUCAGUAUGUGGAGAUUUCUGAUGUAACAGAGGACUCAUUUACCAUGAUGCCUUUCACCACCGGUAAGUCCACAAUGGAAGAAAGCAUAGAACAUGCAUUGAUGAAAGAAGGAAUCAAAGCUCAAGAGACACAAGUGCCAUGUCAGAGUCUGAAAAGCCUUAGGUUAGAUGCAAGUCCUGAUAUCAAGGAAGCACGUAAUCAGAUCACAGUAUGUCAAGGAUACAAAGAUCAAAUAUCACACGAGCAUUGUAACAGCAGCUCUGGGUUAAGUACACCGGAUAACCAUGUUGUCAUGGAUGACGAGGACAUAUUCUCGAAAUUGGGAACAUCCAGAAUUUCCAGGAAAUAUCAGAUGGGGUUAUCAUGCUCUGAUGCAGAGGUUGACUAUAGGAGGGGAGGAAGCUUACGAGAAAGAAAGGGAAAAAUGUGAUUUGGCAUGACUAAGGAUUAAAGCAGUUUCUUUGUUAUCUGUGUAUUAAUUUAAUUUGCAGCUUCCUUAUAAAAAAAUGAAAAAAAAAAAAACUCUUGGAGUUCUCUUAUAGAUGGAAUGGUCUAACCUAGAUCUAACCGAUUCUGUCCCUCGGGUUUGCCAAGAUCUUACUGAUGAAUGAAUGUAGUCUCUUAAUUUCCCUCAA